AUGACAAAUUUUAAUCAUGGUUCCUAUAUUCAUCCAAUUGAUAAGAGCUAUGAUGAAAUUCCUAACCGAGCUAUUGAUUAUGAAGAAGUUGAUGAAACGGAUACGAAUCAAACUGGCACGAUAAUUAGCACUACCAGGACAUCUCAGCAGGGUAAUCUUGAAUUAUUUACCCUAAUAUGGCUCGAUGCCAAAGUUAAAACCAGCAAAGAUAAUUUAAAUACACAAAUGCAGCUUAAAAAAGUGAUUAAUUUUUUAAAAAUAUUUGAUAAUUUAUUGGAAUGCGAACAAUAUAUUCGACGUGUUCAAAAUGAAAAAGUGGUGCUUAUUGUAAGUGGUCGUCUUGGACGUGAAAUAGUGCCAAAUAUUCAUGAUUUACCACAAUUAAAUUCAAUCUAUGUAUACUGUUUGGAUAAAGUUUCUAAUCAACAAUGGUCAAACAAAUACCAAAAAAUAAUUGACGUCAUUACACAGUCAGAAGAACUGAUUUCUAGACUAAAAAAAGAUCAAGAUGAUCGUGAACAAGUUGAAGAUUUAUCAUCAAUCAAUAUUUAUGAUCAGACACACAAAAGUCUCUCCAAUGAAACGGGUAGUUUUAUGUGGUUUCAACUAUUCAUUGAGGCAUUAAUUCGCAUGGAAAAUAAAAAUGCUGAUCAUGAAGAACUAGCUAAGUUAUUAAGAAAAAAUUAUGAUGAACAUUCAGUAAUUAAUGAAUUUGAAUCGACAUAUUGUUCAAAAAAAGCUGUAUGGUGGUAUACACGAGAUUGUUGUUUAUAUAAACUUCUCAAUAAAGCAUUACGUGUCCAAGACAUAGACAUGUUAUUUCAUUUUCGAUUUUUAAUUGCCGAUAUUUUUCAUCAAUUAAAACGUGAACACGAACGUUUCAAAAAGUCAAUAAUUCAUCUUUAUCGUGGGCAAAGGCUGUCAGCAGGUGAAGUUGAAAAGAUGAAAUUAAGUAUUGGACAAUGUAUUUGUAUGAAUUCAUUUUUUUCGACAAGUUUAAAUCGAAAUACGGCCCUUCAAUUUAUUAAAUCAAACGUUAAUUCAAGUAUGCCAUCUGUUCUAUUUGAUAUUGAAGUAAAUACUCGUCUAAAAGAGACAAAACCAUUUGCCUCUACAAAACAUUUAAGUUAUUAUCGACGAGAGGAGGAAGUAUUAUUUAUGCUCGGUUCGGUAUUUAGAUUAGAAACAAUUAAAUUUGAUAAUAUUGAUAAUCUAUGGACAAUUCAAUUGGUGUUAUGCAGUGAAAAUGGUCAUGAAUUUAAUAAAGUUUUUGAUUAUAUGAAGUCUGAAAUGGAUAAAGAGACGGAUCUUCUAUCACUUGGACAUUUGUUAAAUAAAAUGGGCCAGUUUGAUAAGGCUAAAAAAUAUUUUUAUCGAGUAUUAGAUGAAUUAAACAUAAACAUAUCGGCACAACAUAGUGGCAAAACUGAUGAAAAAAAAAAAAUUCCUUACGAUAGUGAUCCCAGAAUUCCUCACUGCUAUCAUGCCCUUGGAAAUAUUGCCAAUUCACAAGGAGAUUACGAUGUAGCCGAAUUUUUACUAAAAACAGCUCUUGGCCUACAAUCAAAAUCUUAUAAUAAUAAUCGCAUUAGUUUCGCUGUAACAUCUUCUUGUAUGGGUAGUGUAUAUAUCAGAAAAAACAAUUUUGAUUUAGCAUUAGAAAAAUUCAACCAAAGUCUUGAUAUAUUUUCAAAAACAAUCGGACAAGAUCAUACGUAUACAGCUACAGUAUACGCUAAUAUUGGAAAUAUUUAUCGAUUACAGAAAAAGUUUGACUUGGCAAAACAGAAUCUUGACAAAUCAUUGGAAAUUAAAUUAAAAAUACUUCCAGAUGAUCAUCCUGAUAUUGCUAUAGCGUAUACAGGUAUUGGUGCUUUGCACAGUGAUAAACUCGAAUACAGAAUGGCCCUUUUUAACUUCAAAAAAGCAUUAUACAUACAACAACAGUCAUUACCCAAGUAUCAUAAACAUAUCGGCAAAACUUAUCAAUCAAUUGGUGACGCUUAUUAUAAUUCUUGUCAAUAUGAAGUCGCUUUAGAAAAUUUACUUCAAGCUCUAACUAUUUUUCAAAGAUCUUUGCCGGUCAAUCAUGUUUAUAUAAAACGAGUUGAAGAACAAAUUGAACUUGUCAGAGGAAAACUGAUAAAACCCGAAUGUUCUUAUAUCUAA